ACUUGAUCUGACAAAAUCCAUUACACCAUUUAUAGGGACUGAGAAACUUGUCCAGCAAUUGAAGAACUGCAAAAAGGCUGUACUCAAGAAUGGUCAUUUAAGCAAUGAUUGUCUAGGUGUACUACUGUCCAUACUUCAGUCAGCAGACUCUUGCUUGAGAGAGCUGUGCCUGGUGUAUUUUUCUAACUUCAAUGAUGAUUUUCCGUACGAUCUCGUUGCUGUACUGGGAAGUCCUGACUGUAAACUGGAGACACUGAGGUUUUCUGGGUUUUCUCUAGACUUUAGGAAUUGUCACAAAAUGGUCUCUAUCCUUCAAUCAGAACUAUCACCCCUGAAGGCGCUGCAUUUGACCAACUGCAUAUGCAGUUAUCCAAAGGACUGCAGUGGAUAUUGUACAAAAGACAUGAAGACAAAUGAGAACUAUGUAGAGUCCAGUGAUGAAUUCCCCCCACUGACUAUGAUUCCUUCUGCCUUGAUUGGUCCGAUCUGUAAACUGGAGAAGUUCAGCAUGCCUGGAUGUUACCUGAAAAAUAAAUGCUGUCAGGUUUUUGCCUCAGUUCUCAGCUCUAACUCCCAGUUGAGAGAGCUUGACCUCAGUCGCAAUGACUUGCAGGAUUUAGGCGUGCAGCUGCUCUCUGUUGGACUUGGGAGUUCUAGAUGUCGGCUGGAAACACUGAGGCUGUCACGCUGUGGGAUCACAGAGGACGGCUGUGUCUCUCUGGCUUCAGCUCUGAAAUCCAACCCCUCCCACCUGAGAGAGCUGGACCUUAGCUACAAUCAUCCUGGAGUGUCAGGAGUGAAAGUGCUCUCUGAGCGACUGGAAAACCCCAAAUGUAGACUGGAAGAGCUCAAUGUCGACCAUAAUGAAGAACACUGGGUCAAUCCACAUCUUCUGAGCAAGUAUGCCUGUGAUCUUACAUUCGACCCCAACACUGUGAACAAAAACCUCCUGCUAACUGAGUAUGACAGGAAAGUGAGCUACACUCAGGAAAAGCAGCCCUAUCCUGAUCAUCCAGAGAGAUUUGACCAAACAAAUCAGGUGCUGUGUAGAGAGGCUCUGACUGGGCGCUGCUACUGGGAGGUGGAGUGGGAAGCAUUUGUGAAUAUCGGUGUUGCGUAUAAGAGCCUACAGCGGAAGGGACACUGGGCCAUAGAAAUUGACCGAACCAACAAGAGUUGGUGUUUCAAUAUCACCUCUUCAAAUGGUUACUCCUUUCGACACAACCUGAAGGAAACUUUUAUACCAGUCCCACACAUUGAUGUCCAAGAAUUCCCAACAAAAACCAAGAGACUGGGACUGUUUCUGGACUGGCCAGCCGGCGUUCUGUCUUUCUACUUGGUGUCUGAUGACACGAAAACUCUCAUUCAUACCUUCCACACCACUUUCACUGAGCCUCUCUACCCAGCAUUCACUGUUUAUUUAGGAUCCUCUUUGACCCUGUCCAGUGUCCCGAAGAUGAAAAUGUAUACUGCUCAAUCAAGCUUCACACCUGAGAUGAGAUUAGAAAGAACAGGCAUUUCAUACAGGUUCACGUUCCCUGGUCCGGGGUUGUUCCGGUGUUCUUUGACUGGUCUGGUCUUCGAUGUGACUCAUGAGAGCGAGGUCACCUACAGGACUCUGAUCUGGGAUCCUAUGGUUCUCCAGCCAGCGCACAAGGUGGCUGGAGGCCCGCUGUUCAGCAUCGAGUGUUCUCGGGACUCUGUUCGUCAGCUGCACCUCCCACACUGUGAGCCUGAGCCUGCACUGGUCUCUGACAGCAUCGCUGUUGUUCACAUCACGGAUGAUGGCAUGAGCAUCAUACAGCCUCUGGAGAUCACUGAAACUCACGUGGUCGUGGACGUCCCUCACCUCUCUGCCUUUGGCAUCGUCUGGGAUCUCACCGCGCGGUUUUUCAAUUACGGGACAAAACCCAUUCGUGGCCAAGUCCUGCUGUUCCUCAGAAACAGGCCGCGCCUCAUCCUCAGUGUGAUGCUGCUACCAGGAAACGUCCCUCUGCACGACGUGAAAGCGCAGCACACUACUUCAGAGUACAUCGAAGUGCCGUCCUUCUGUUAUUUCCACAAAGGCCAAAAGUACAGUCUCAACAGCGCCCCACAGGACUUUAAAAUCCAGCCUGCAUGUGCAGAGUUUUUUGAAAAUUAUGGACCAAAUUACCACCCGACCUUUGAGAUCAUCCUGACCACGAGCACAGAGGAAGUGACGUUGAUGGUGCAAGAUCCAGAAAAGACACAAGUGUGGGAGCAUGACCUCCAUCUGCCAGCUUCAUCCUCUCAUGAUUCUCCAGCUGGAAGUCCUCCUCAGAUGGGGAUCAACACCUCAGCAGAGAAGCUGCGACGAGCUCGGACAACCUUCAUCGAUAAAGUGUCGGAUCCGGUUCUGAACAAGCUGCUGGAUGAGCUGCAGCACUUCACCGUACUGACCGACGCUGAGGGCGAAGCAGUCAGAGCCAAACCCAGAGCCGACAAAGCACGAGACCUGAUCGACACGGUGCGAAAGAAAGGAGCAGAAGCAAGUUCAAAACUGAUCGACGUCUUUCAUGCCAACGAUCCGUACCUGUGCAAAGAGCUCAGCUUAAUGUGAAGCAGAAAUCUGUGGAGUGACGAUCACAUGCUAACAUCACCAAGCACAACACACACUCCACAAAAGAAGAAAAACCAACACUGAUGUGACUUCAGAGGCUUUAACUGUUCGAUUGUGCGAGGUUCAAGCUGAGACUGAUCAACACUAAAAAAGCCAAAGCUGACAUUCCUGCAUUUUCCCAUCAACACAUCAAAAAGUGUGCUCAGUGAAUAUUAUGCUGAGAGUGCUGUGCUGCCAGCUGGGAUUAAUAUUGCAUAUCAGCUAUAUUUUAGCUAUAUUGGAGCUUUGUGGCACAACAGCCUCUGAAAACAGAAUAGAGGAGCAAGAAGAAGCGCUCCAGCUAGCUAAUUCACCUACAGACCAGACAGAGAGAUGAAGUGAAUUAAUUUCUAUAUGAUCAAAUGAUGUGGCAACAUUAUUCUCAUUGCAUCAAAUGUCAGAUGCUGCUGGGUUCUCAAUGCUGUGAGAUAACUGGUUUCAAAGAGCAGCCAGUAGACUGUAGUUUGAGUCCUGU